GCAGAACCGCGAUUUUAUUGUAAUAUUUGUGUAGUGUAAACGGUAUAUAUAUAUAGGUUGGAUCUGAAGGACAAAGUCAUCUACUAUACGACAGCUGUUAUGGCGGAUUAGCCUAGCCCAAAGCCUUUACCUAUCCUCUAACGACGUCGUUUUCAUUUCCUUUUCUGAGCUUUUUAUGGUCAAAUUUCAGCUCAAUUUCAGUCCUUUUUCUCCGCUACAAAACCCUAGCUUGUAAGGGUUUAUCAAUCAGCUCACAUUGACAGAUUGUUCUAGUCUGCGUAACCGAGCUUAAAGUUGGUGCCUUUAUUCUUGAUAACAGAUUCUAUACUUAACAGAGAUUAUUAUUCUGCUACUGAUGAAAUCAUUAUAUCGGUAGAAUGGCAACGUUACAAUGUUGGCGCGAAUUGACAAUAGGAGAUCUAUGUGUUUAGGGCAUUUUAUGGUAACAACGGUUUUAUGUUUAUGAUUUAGAAUAAAAUAUGGAAAAACAUAAGUUUCCUGUCAAUGCUGACGAUUACGAGUUAUACGAGGAAGUUGGUGAAGGUGUUAGUGCCUCCGUGUACAGGGCGCUGUGUAUUCCGUUAAACAAGAUAGUUGCGAUCAAGGUUCUUGAUUUGGAAAAGUGUAAUAAUGACCUGGAUGGCAUACGCCGUGAGGUACAGACCAUGAGCUUGAUCGAUCAUCCAAAUUUAUUACGGGCGUAUUGUUCUUUCACAACCAGCCACAACCUUUGGGUUGUUAUGCCAUAUAUGGCUGGGGGAUCGUGUCUCCAUAUAAUGAAAACUUCUUAUCCAGAAGGCUUUGAAGAGCCUGUUAUUGCUACAUUGCUGCGAGAGGUCCUCAAAGCCUUGGUCUACCUUCACGCACAUGGACAUAUUCACAGAGAUGUGAAGGCAGGGAAUAUAUUAGCUGAUGACAAUGGGACUAUCAAGUUAGCUGACUUUGGAGUAUCUGCAUGCAUGUUUGAUACUGGGGAUAGGCAGCGUUCCAGAAAUACCUUUGUCGGAACUCCUUGCUGGAUGGCCCCGGAGGUUAUGCAACAACUACAUGGAUACGACUUCAAAGCAGAUAUUUGGUCAUUUGGAAUCACAGCACUUGAACUUGCUCAUGGCCAUGCACCCUUUUCAAAGUAUCCACCAAUGAAAGUUUUGCUUAUGACACUGCAAAAUGCACCACCAGGUCUUGAUUAUGAAAGAGACAAAAAGUUUUCCAAGUCUUUUAAAGAUUUGGUUGCUGCUUGCUUAGUGAAAGACCCGAAGAAACGUCCCUCGUCGGAUAAGCUAUUGAAACAUCCUUUUUUUAAACAUGCACGAACAACUGAUUAUCUUCAACGUAGCAUCCUUGAGGGUCUUCCCCCCUUAGGAGAUCGUUACAGGAUGCUAAAGGCAAAAGAAGCAGAUCUUCUUCGACAGAAUAGUGAGUUAAAUGGAAAUAAAGAACAUUUAUCACAGCAAGAGUACAUUCGAGGAAUUAGUGCCUGGAAUUUUAAUUUGGAGGACUUGAAGAAUCAGGCUGCACUGAUCAAGGACUAUGAUGAAAAUUCUAGUGUCAAAGAUCCAAAUGCAAAUUCAAAGCAACCAAAUGGGCUCAAUGAUGUUGGAUUGCCAGCAGAGAGGUUAUCCCCUGAGGCAGCUGAUCAUUCAGAUUCAGCAUCCGACCUUGAGGAUGAAAUUAAUGAAGUUCCUAAUUUAGAGGAAUCCUUUGCAGCGUUUCCUAUGAAGCCUAUUCAAGCACUCAAGGGAUGUUUUGAUGUUGGAGAGGAUGAUGAAAAUUUAUCAGAUACCGAACAGCAUAAUGACUUGAAGCCGUCACUAAACUCUGAGAACCAUGCUGAAUUAAAGGAUGCACAGAGAAAGUCCUCACCACAGCCAACUAUUAAUGGCCCAAAAAAGUAUUCAAGUGGUUCACUGCUACCAGAUAAUGCACUUUACCCUAAGAAGUUAGUUGGCGAUUUAGAGAGAGAACAAACACUAGGGCGAUUUCGAGUUGAACGCAGUUAUAGUGGUCCAUUACAGAGUCGACAAAAGAAUAACGCAACAAACUCUUAUUCCGAGGAUGCUCCAGAGGAAGCUGUGGUGCAGCGCAAGGGACGUUUCAAAGUCACUGCAGCAGAUUACAAGGUUCCUGUUGUUAAUUCAAACAUCAGUGGAACUACCAGUCCAUCAGCAUCAAGCAUAGCUAUUCCAGUUGUUCAAUCUUUGCAAAGCAUUUUGUACCAUAGCACAUUGCAAAAGGAAGAACUUCAUAGAUUAAUCAAGCUUGUGGAGCAGGCAUCUGGUAAUUCCAUGGAGUAUGUGGAAGCAGGAACCAAUGAAUCAUUACAGAUACCUCUGGCUUCUCCAAGGGAGAGAGAACUACAGUCGCAAGUGAUCCAAUUACAACAAAGAAAUAGCAUUCUGGCUGAGCAAUUGCAAAAGCAGAAGAUGAGAAAUGCUCAGUUGGAAAUGAAACUGAGUGAUUUGAUGAAGAAAGAAAAUAUCCAAGAAUGAUCAUUGAUAACGACCACUCGAACAGGAUGACAAUAUACAUGUCUGCAUUUAAAGUUCAAAACUUUCAUGACACAUUCUGACAUUGAACCUGAUGGUCCUCCGAUCGUUCAUCUACAUAAGUUUGCAAUGGCUUAUCAGGUAAUUUUAUUCUUUAAAAAGUGUAACAUAAAUGUGAAUAUAAGGAAAGGGAGCCUGGUAAUUAUGAGUUUGUUAGUGGCAGUGUAUCCGGUCUCUAAAUAAGCAGUCGACUAUUGUUGUAAUCAUAUUGCCCUUGAUAUUAAAGUUAUACACAAACUGGAUUAUGUCGUGAUUGAAGGAUAUUUUUAGAUCAUCAUUCAAUAAAAGGCGGUAUGACAUUAUUGUUGUA